AAAGGCCAACAAAGGUACAUACCGAUAACAAGCCGACAACUCCUAAUGCAGAAGCCAGAAGUCAUUCGACCCAUAAAAUACAUCAACGAUCAUUAUUUAACAGCACUUGUGUCACGAAUUUACGCAAAUAUCGCCGAAAAGCGUAUCCCAUUCAUGAUCCCAUCACAAUAAUUCAGCGAAGUAGGAGUUUACGAUGCGUACCUGAAGUCCACACAGGUCAUCACCACCAUCACAGUCGGUCGGGCAUCCCUCUACUCAUAGGUGUCACUUCAGGCAGCUGUUUUACCUCGCUAUUUGGCGAACCAUUUUGAUACACAUUUCUGUCUGACACCUCGGGGUUUUGGUACCAUGAAGGGGAUCAGGUUUCUUGUGGUUUUCUUGGUGCUAUCUGUGUCUCUGCUGUGCACAACCGAAGCGGCCAGGAGCAGGACCAGCAACCAGAACAGCUUCCGACGAGCAGCUAACGGAAUCUACCAGACUCUGAGCAGUGUUUUCGGAGAGGACAACAUCCGAGGGUUGUAUAAGUUUUUCUCCAAAACAACAGAGAGGUUCGUCCAUGGCGUGGACUCUUUUCUGGACACCAUCUGGAAGAUCUGGUCUGAUUUGUUGGAUGUGAUGGGCAUCGAUUCCUCAAACCUCAGUCACUACUUCAGCCCCACAUCCCUCACCAACUCUCCAGCACGUGCCCUGCUCCUGGUUGCAGCUGUACUCUUAGCCUACUGGUUCCUCUCCAUGUUUCUGGGGGGCUUCUUCUACCUGCUGCAUGCUGUGUUCGGCCGCUUUUUCUGGUUGGCACGUGUUCUGCUCUUCGCCUUGUCUUGCCUCUACAUCCUGCAGAAGUUUGAGGGUGACCCUGAGCGCGCGGUGCUGCCACUAUGCUUCAUCAUGGCUGUGUACUUUAUGACGGGUCCUGUGGGAGCGUACUGGCGUCGGGGAGGUGGCGCAGGUUCACUGGAAGAAAAAAUCGACCACCUGGACACUCAGAUCAGGCUGCUUAACAUCAGGCUGAGCCGGGUCAUAGACGGCCUGGAACGCAGCGGGGAGCAGUAGGUUGCAGCCAUGCUGAGGGGGGAGGGAGGGGAACAUGUACAAGCAGCUGCAGCUGAUGUCUGAAUGCUGUUUCCUGAGCACAUCAGCAGCAACACAACCACUGGGUAUUUACAACUCUAUUGUAAGAUGGGGACAAAACUAGAUAUGAAAACAGUACUUCAACUUGAGUUGAUUUUAGUUACAGAAUACCUAAAAAUCCUCAAAGGCGUGGACAGCUUAAAGCUUACACAAAUCAACCACUUCUUUUUUUUUUUUCCUCUUCUCUGAGCUUUGAAAGCAUUUUGGCUACAUCAAUGAAUAUAUCAGAGAGAUGAUCAUGGUUGUCUCAAUGCUGGCCUCGGCUACUUUUUAGACACUCCCAAAUUGGGGCUUGUAUUUCUUUGUUUGGAUAAGAAUCGUCCUUGCCUUUGCUAAAGCAUAUUGUAUGUUACCUUGUUUGUUUCUGUCAUUGUGAAUAACCUGGGGGCUAUGAUCGUUACACAGGUAUGACCAUGAGUUUUUAUCCCUCAGCUAUAAGAUGGAAAUGGACUGGGUUUAUAAUGCAGUGGACCAGUACAAACAUUGUAAUUCUUAAGUGUACAAAACCUCAAGAUGUUAGAUAGUUAUUCAUAAGAAGAUUUAUUUAUUCCAUUUUAUGCCCAAAAUGUUAAAAUCCUGUAGAUCUAGUUUGUUUCAUCAGCUCAUUAUUCAAUAGUGGCAAUAGUUUGACAUCAGGACCUCUUUUUCAUUAUAUAUGUUUGGAUGUAUAUAUAUGUGUAUGAGUGUGUUUGCAUCUUGAUGACCUCUGUGUGUGUGUGUGUGUAAAGCGUGUACAUUUGAAAAGCACUAUCAAAAAGACACCAUCAGACUAGAGGAAAAUGUAGACAUGCAGCAAUAUCUCAGGGACUCAACUAACAUCAUCUAAAACUGGGAAAUGAAGUAUACUGAAAUCAUGUCAUGGUAACUUUGAGGCACUUAUCAGUUUGUCAGAUUUGGUUCAAAGUCUGUUGACAAGUAGGUAUAGACUAUGGGUCACAGCUUAUGUUCUUGCAUCAUGUUGAAAUUGCUGAGAUUGAUCAAAUCAAAGAUUGAAUCAAGCUUUUCAUUCAUCUUCGAUCAUCGUCAGAGUUAAAGUGCAGAUGGUGGUCCUAUAGUAUGUUGCAAAAAUAGUGGCUAGUCCUGUGCAAUCCCAUUUGAUCCUGUCCAUUCAUUGAAAAUGUUUUAAGAUAAUAUGCGAUACUACUUUCACAAGUAACAUAAUGAGAUAUUUACAACCAGCCUGAUCGAUACAUACAAUUAUGUGCUAUAGAAACAUGCUUAGCAUGCGUCACUGUAGCCACCAUAAUUAGUUUGAAAGGACUUUGCCUUUUUCUAAUGUAUGCUGUAACGUACUGUCAUGAAACACUGGUUCUUUUUGCCAUGCACCUAUUUUUGUCUCCAUCUUUUCAUAUUCCUCUUGUCAUGUUAUGUUUUGUGAGUUCACCUUUUAGAAUCUGGUCUAUGUAAACAUGUUUUUUUUUUUUGCCAAAUGACCCUAAUGCUGUGCAGAUUUUUUUGGGGGGAAUUGCUUCAAUGAGUAAGAUCAACCUGAAAAACGGUAGGAUAGUGAAGUCUCUUUAAGUUGACACUGCUGAGGCCAAAGAAACAGACAGUAUUUGUAUCCUUGAGAUUCAAAUUAACAAACUUCUCAGCAACAAUCAGUAUAAUUGAGAUGUAUUCCUAGUACAUGUUCCACAUUGUAGUAAGAGAGCAGUGUCCUCAGCACAUUCAGAAAAUUACCAUUGCAUCUGAUUUUUAAUGUAUUCAGUACAGUAUUUGUUUAUGAUACUCCCAUAACACAUGUUGUGCUUUUCAUCUUCAUCUUGUAUUUAAGGCUUGGUGGGAAAAAAGUGCAGCGAAAGCAGUUUAAUAUUUGAGUACUGGUUGACUUCAUGUGUCGCUUGUUUGAGAAGAUUGAGAACACACUCAGUUUGUGUGUAGCCCAGUUAGCCAAAACAUGCGGGCUGUUCUUGCAUGCUAUGUUUCUAAUGCGUAUAAUGUUAUGUUAUACAUGUCGUUGACUACUAAAGUAGAGAAACCAUCCAAUUUGUAAUAUGUGAUGAAUUAGCCAGAGGUUGAUUAUAUUAGAGAUUUGUAUUAUAAAUAAUCAAGAUUGCACUGAUUACUGUACUGUACUGUAUAGACCAAAUUAUCACAAUUGUAUGUAAUUUAUUAUUUUUUUGACAUUGCAAGACCGAACUGGACACAGACCUUGAUUCUUUUUCUCAUGUGAUCAUCUCAACCAUCCUGUAGAUCUAGUAGUUACUAACAUGUUACAAAUAUUAAAAUGUAUCAUUAAAAGCUGACUUGAAAGGAGUACAGCUGACUUGAAAGAGGAACUUGAUCCUGGUGUCCUGUAGUGUGUGGCUACAUUGUGUAGCCAUUAACUUGUGUAUGUUCUACUAAUGGUAGCUGUGUGACUGUGAAGGUGUAGAUAGAGUUGUAAAAAUCCUGUUAGUUAUUGAAAGAAGAAAGAUGAAACAUAUUCUCUUUAAAUACACAGUCUCCCUCAUCCUGUUUAUUUACAAUGUAAAGCUCUGCAAAAAAGCUUUACAGUUAGUGAGACAACAACCAGCUUGAAAACCUUUCAUCUCAUAGAAGAGACACUGUAGCUCAUGUACUUGGAUUCAUUCUUACUUAGAUGUUUAAACAUGCAAACAUAUUUUUCUCUUGGUUUCUCUCAGCUCCAGAUUGAAUGCUACAUUCAGAAUAUAUUUAUUUCUCUGUUAAAUAGCUAGUGAUUCAUACAUUCAAUGUAAUGUAUGCUACUACUAUUACUACUCCUAUUAUUCCAUGUAGCCUGCUUUUUAUUACAUGCGGUGCCAAUUUUUUUUGCUAUACUAAUUAUUUGUAUCUGUUGAUUCUUGAGUAGUUGUUGAUUUUUUAUUUCAUCUGUUAAUAUUUUUACACCUUUUUAUCCAAAUAUUUCUGUACUUCAGUGAUGUGGUACUCACCAAACUGUUCUGCCUGCUGUUGUCUACUUAGUGAGGGUGAGUGCGUGUCUUUAUCAAAACUCUGUUUUCUUGUGGUCGAAGUGAAAAUGAGGUCCAGAUUUGAAUAAAUCAAACACCACAGUAUGA